AUGAGAUUAAAAACUGUACUGAAGGAAAAGCCCUUUUUCUGGAAUGGAUCUGAACGUCUUGAAAUUUAUGAAGUCUCAAAAGACAAAGAGACCGGCGUUAGAAACACGAGCUCUGGUGGGAAGCACUUCUUGCAAGUUAGGCACGAAAGGGUCCAGGAAUUCUCCAGAGCACUCUCAUCAAGAGCAGCAGUUCUGGCCACCGGCCCUAUUUUGUACUUGGACGAGUUUUGUUCACCAAACGGACGCGCGUUACGCACACAGACGUACGCUCUCCAAGAAUACACGGUCACGCGCGGCGGCGGCCGAGUGGGGAUUCAAAGCCGCGCCCCGGGCAAUGAGCCAGGACCGCAGAAACUACAACUCCCGCGGCCACCUCCGGGGCUACCGCGGGCCGCGGACAGCUGCUUCCUGGGUGACGUGGGUUUCUGGGUGGAGCGCACUCCCGUGCAUGAGGCUGCCCAGAGAGGUGAGAGCUUGCAGCUGCAGCAGUUGAUCGAGAGCGGUGCGUGUGUUAACCAGGUCACGGUGGACUCCAUCACACCACUGCAUGCAGCUAGCCUGCAGGGCCAGGCGCGGUGUGUGCAACUGCUUCUGGCAGCCGGGGCCCAGGUGGAUGCCCGCAACAUUGAUGGCAGCACCCCUCUCUGCGAUGCCUGUGCCUCAGGGAGCAUCGAGUGUGUGAAACUCUUGCUCUCUUAUGGGGCGAAGGUCAAUCCCCCACUGUACACAGCAUCCCCACUUCAUGAGGCCUGCAUGAGUGGGAGUUCCGAAUGUGUGAGGCUUCUUAUAGAUGUUGGGGCCAAUCUGGAAGCCCACGAUUGCCACUUUGGGACCCCUCUGCAUGUUGCCUGUGCACGGGAACAUCUGGACUGUGUCAAAGUGCUGCUCAAUGCAGGGGCCAACGUGAAUGCAGCAAAACUUCACGAGACAGCACUUCAUCACGCAGCCAAGGUGAAGAACGUCGACCUCAUUGAGAUGCUCAUUGAAUUUGGGGGCAACAUCUACGCCCGCGACAACCGGGGGAAGAAGCCGGCUGAUUACACGUGGAGCAGCAGCGCCCCCGCCAAGUGCUUCGAGUACUAUGAAAAGACACCUCUGACCUUGUCACAGCUCUGCAGGGUAAGCCUGAGGAAGGCCACCGGUGUUCGAGGCCUGGAGAAAAUUGCCAAGUUAAACAUCCCUCCCCGGCUCAUCAAUUACCUUUCCUACAACUGAGCUGCGGGCAGGCAGCCCAGUGGACUGGCCACCAGCCUGGCUGCUGCCCUUGUUGCUCCCAGCCUUGGCUGCGGUGGGUCCUGACUGUCUGAAAUGCUGUUGUUACUAUAGAUAGAACAGUGCUCCUUUGAGUCUCUUUUGGUUGUCCCCUUUGUUUUUUUCUUGUGAAUUCUGGAUAAGAGCUCCAAAGCCUCAGCGCGGCCAGCAUUUCGGGUCACAGUCAUGGGUGUGAUCCCCUGCUGGCUCUCCAGAAAGGGUGUUUUCACUAUGGGAUGGGCCACCUGUCCAGGUUUCCUUUUUUCAUUGACCUCCCUCAGAGCUUCUCUCAGGACAGAUGACAAAGACCACGGGGCUGGGGACUUAUGGCACUGCUGUUGAUGUUCAUGUCUGGGUAUCAUGGCACAGAAGCACCAGGUCCCAGGCUCCUCACCCUGUACCUGGGGCAUUCACUCAUCUGACAUUAUCUUGCCACCUGGAUGCUCUUUCUGGGCAGCAUUUGAUACUUUCUGAGGUCUGCUUGUGCCCAGGCAUAUCCAUUACUCAGGGAUCUCAGUGGGGGAAGACGAAGGCUUUGUGUCCCCACGAAUAAUAGUGUUUCUUAAGAAGUUUGCCUUCAGCGUUAGGUCUCGACUCUUGGAAUGCUGAUGUAGGAUAAAGAAACUUUAGAAGGUGUAGGGAAAGUGGGACGCAUAGGGGAAAG